AUGGCUGCUAAAGCCAGCAGAACAAAGAAACUUCGGCGGGGUGGAGAGGGGGUCAUCAGAACCCCUCGCUGCGGGGUUUCAGACUCGACUCCCUCCGCCACGCGGCUCCCGCGCCCGUUUGCUUCCUCCCCUCCUCCUCCUCCUCCUCCUCCCACGCGGCUGCUGAGGGGGGGGCUGCAGGCGGCUCCCGUGGGGCGCCCCCCUGGCCGCCCGGACAGGCGCUGCCCGCGAGCCGUCACCCACGGCGGGACGGGCCCGGCCGCGGAGUUCGAAAAUCCCCCGGGGAAAGACGAGGAGCUGGGGGGGGGGGGGGCGGAAAGCCCAAACCUCGCUCCUUCCCCUGUCCUAGCCGCUUGCUGGGGCCCGUCCCCCCCUCGGCGGGUGUUGCUGCUGGACGCGGCUCGGCUGGCCUCGCUCCCGGCCCCAUUCCCGGCCCUGCUCCCCCGCUCCCGGCCCCUCCCGCUGCCCGCGCGGCUGGCGGGCUCAUGGUGCCCCCUCGCGGCCGCCGGGCCCGCCGGCAGCGGCUCCUCCGCCCAAGAGUGCCGGGACAGAUCCCACGUUCCUGCCUCUUCCCCUCCUCCCGUUCUGCCGGGGGGGCGACGGCUCCGGACCCGGCGACAGGCCCUGCCCCGCAUCCGGGGAGCCUCCGGGGCGCGGGAAUGCCGCGGACGGGCGGGAUAACGUGCAUCCCUUCCCAUAACCUCCUCCUGGGCCGGUCGGAGUUGCCUGCGCACUGACCCUCCCACACAUCUCUACCAGAGAAACAUCACCUCGCAGCAGAUCCUGCCCGCCAGCCAAUCGAGAGUACAGUUUACGAUGACAGUCAUGCACGGAUCAAUGUGUCAUCGCCAUUGGGAGGAAUACUUUGAUAAACUGACUCUGAUCAAAUACACGGCCGAUAAGCGCUCUGGCAUCACGCUUUGCUAACCCUCUCCUGCAAUCGCUGCACAGGGUUUAAAGGUUCUUCAUUGAGUAGUUACACAGUAACACAAGCCACUAGCACUGUGUGGUGAAAUGAGACCGAAAUGACGGCGUACAGGGACGCAUAUCCAUACUGUGGGGGGCCCGGCCGUGCUACAGCCAGUCACAGCCCUUGGCUACGGGAAGGUCGCUAUCUCCCAGCAGCCAUUCCAGCAGGAUCAGCACACCAGCAGGGAUCUCCCCCCACCGCUGGAGCAGCUCACACAGUAUGCCAAAUGCUAAAUCUAAGGCCAUUGGAGCAUUCACUAUCCUAAGUGCAAACUCUGUUGAGAGAAAAUAUGUGUAAGAAUACAGAGCAAGACCACAAACAUUUUCAAAUAAAAUCAGCACAAAAAUGAUUUCUGGAAAACAGAUGCUGAAUUUAUGCAAACACAUGUAGAAUGACGAAUUAUACAGCAAAUAAGUUAGAUGAAUGUUUACUUCUAUGCCACUUGGGGCCUUUCCUCAAUUCCAAAAUAAUACAUGAAGCAACUGAAAA